AUGGAGGAGUGCAAUAAUAAGUUCGUGGAUCUUGUCAACGGCUGUGGCUGCCUCGGUCGUCGAAAGACACAAGAGCCCAUCGAACUAACAUCGCGGAGGAACACAUACGGACAAAAACUUGCAGAAGCUUUGGAGAACAAAGGUGGGCGGAAGGCGCCCAGGGGAUCGCGACCCGAUAUCUCCAAGCCUCUACCCAAUAACCCUCCUGGAAGGGCCUCUCUCGACCUGGGGAAAGCUCGUCGCCCAUCUGCAGACCUCAAUGAUAUGGUGAGCGGCGACAGCGAAGACGGAUCGAUGGCCCACGAAUACGACCGCGCCUGGUACGAGAUGCUCAGCAGCGUCCAUAAUGCCCUCAAGCACACACGUUACUCGAUCAGUGGGAGAAUGGGUAUGGCGGUCUGGGGCUGUGCCAACGGCGCCAAAACCGGACUAUCAAUCGUGUGCCCUAUCGAGUCCCGCGAAGCAGUCAAGAUCUGGUGCAUCAGCACAAGCGGCCGCUUCAGCAUCACCCAGGCGGAGCCCGACAUCCUCAACUUCCAGUCUCCGGGCAGCAACCACAGCCCAUCACGCACCUGGCGCAUCCGAAUCCGCUGGAUGCCCGAGUACAUGUUCGAGGCCAUGCCCAAAGUUGAGAUGGCGCUGCGUUACGACGACGGGAACCCAUACGCCGGUGAGCAGGUCGCCGAGGUUAACGUGCUGACGCUGCCCGCCCUCCUCAACAACUGCGCGAGCGCGUGGGUCGACCACUCCCGUAAGCAAGAAACAUCAGGAAGCCGUCUGAAGGGCAUCGAGGAGGACAUCUUCUCCAUCCUGGAGCGCAUCGUGGACCUCAGCUUCGCGGAGGAAGGCGCGGGGCCUCUGACUGAGGCGGAGUGCCGGAUCAUCACCGGAAACGCCUUCUGGCUGCCCUUCACGCAGAAGCACCCAGACUCGCCCGCCAUGUUCGCCCUGUGCGGACUGCCCAUGCCCCAGCCGCCCACGACGGCCCAGCCCGCUCCCAAUGCCACCAUGGACUAUUCAUUCCCAGGCCGUUUCUCUAACCCUCGCCCCGCACCCCGGGUCCCGCCCAAGGACAAUGGCCGCGACCUCACUUCAAACGUCAAGCGCCGGCCUGAGCCGCAGCCGCAGCCGCAGAAGCCGGUCCGCGGCAUUUCCUUCAUGGACCUGUUCAGCCCGACUGUUCGUCAGGAGGCGAAGGCGGCGCAGGCGGAGCGUGAGCGGCGACAAAGCGAGGAUGCGAGGAAGCUUGGGGAGGAGGUCCGCCGCGGUGCAAGCAAGAUGGACGAGCGGGAGAGCGAGCGCAGACGACAGCGCAAGGAGCGCGGCUCCAGCAAGGAGGCGCCAUCAACUCGCCACCACCACCAUCACCACCGAAACAGCAAGGCGGGGUCUUCGAGAUCUUCUUCAUCACGGCGGCAUCAUUCUACCCCGACCGCUGGUGUCCCCGAUGGGACGAAGGUGAGUAAUUUCGAUCCAUCUGCUGUUGAUUCGGGCAAGGGGCGGAUCCCUCGCCGAGGACACUUUGCAGAUUUGUUCAUUGAAGAUGACGGAGAGACUCUGUAA